AUGUCUUGCGACAUUGAAAACUACGACAUUAGACCAAUACAGAAAAAAAUCUGUGCAUUUGAUCUGAGAUGCCAUUUUGGCAACACCAUUUACACAUCCCUAAUGACGAUACUACGAUCAUUUCUAAAAUACCCAACUACUACCUUGCUUGCCAAAUUUAUCAGGAGACAAUCCAACAUAGCAUUGCCAUUCUUGUAUAAAAUUGAACCGAAAUGUCGAUCAUGUGGGAUAAAAUUACAAACUAAUGAUCCAACAAAACCAGGCUACUUUAUCCAACCCAAUGAAACUACUGCCGCCUCCAACAAUAGCGGUACAAAGUACAUCAAAUAUGAGAAUAAAUUGUUUGAUAAAUUGAAGAAUGAACUACCACCAGAAGAUCAAGAUCUACUUCUAAGCAACACAUUUAAUACCAAUCCUCAACAAAAGGAAGAUGCUACCUUCUCAUUAGUUAAUCAAGAAGGUGAGAGUGUACGUGAAGUAAUUGAGAAAUUAUAUACUGUUGAACCAGAUGAAAAUAGUCAUGAUUGUAUCCGAUGUCGACAAAUGACUUAUAAUUCCAACUACGAAAUGAAUCCCCAAAACUAUCCUAUUGAUCAAUUACAACAUGUCCUCCAUAAUAUCCCCAUUGAUGCUCCAUUAGUUUAUUUAUUCAGUGCGAGUGAUUUCCCCAUCGGUAUCGACCCUGGCAUUUUCAAAUUUCGCAAACCUGGGGAUAUCUAUUUCAUAAUGACUAAAGCCGAUAAUUUAAUUGAAAAGACUAAAGAAGCAUCCCAGAACUAUACUAAGCAAUUUAUUCAAGAUUAUUUACAUACAAAGUACAAAUUACCACGAAAUCAUGUGUUUGUAUCCCUGGGUAAAGAUAAUUGGUCAUGUCAACAAUUGUAUCAUUUCAUACCUAAUGGAUCUUAUAUUAUUGGAAAUACCAACUGUGGUAAAUCAACAUUGAUCAAAAGUUUAUUACUCGAUGAAGAAUUACAGAAAAAGAAACAAUUACAAUUGAAGAGUAAACAUGAAAAUGUUAAAUUACCACCUAGUCUAGUCAACAGGAUGAAGCAAAAAUUUGUUUCUUCAUUCAUGAUUAAAGUGGGGCCUGGUAUUUCUUAUUUACCAGGUUUCACAAGAGAUGUAAUUCCCGUGGAAGUUGGUUUGAAAUUGGUUUAUGACGUACCAGGAUUCAACUCCGAUGUUUCCAUGCAUCAACUAUAUAAUUCAUUCAAAUCUUCAAAAGAUAUACAUCGAUUGAUUAAAGGUGCUAAGACUUUUAAAAGUGGGAUGUAUAAAUCGCCUUAUGUUACUAUAAAGGGCCCACAGGUUAUCAACUUGGAAGGGUUAGGUUUUUUACAAUUACCUAAAGGUGGUUUAUAUCAAUUGCGUAAUAUUACCAAUUUACAACCACACGUAUUUAGUGAUAUUUUGAAAACUAAAUCUGUGUUGCAUAAUGGUGUACCACAAGCAUUGGAGAGUAAAUUUGCACUUGAUAUGAAGGGAAAGACACUUGAAAACAGUUAUGAUAAAUAUUUGAUUCCCCCAUUUUAUGGAACUAUUGAUUUAGUCAUUGAAAAUUUUGGGUAUUUAAAUUUGAAACCAGUGGGGACCAAACGUACUAAUGAAUUGAUGAAAUUGUACUUACACCCCGGUGUCAAUGCGAUAAUAAGAGAUCCAAUCGCAAACUAUAUUGCAAAGACUUUCAGUGGUAAAGAUAGGUAUGGCAAUCCUGUAAGUAAAGAUGAGUAUUUCAAAAAGAGUCGAUUCCAUUUGAUAAGAUAUAAGGGUAAACACCCAAUUUAUUCGCAAUUGUGUCCGGUGAAGAAUAGCGGUGCUGCUGGCGGUGCUAUUGAUGAUGUUUUUAGAUUUGAGUUGGUGAGUCAAGAUGAGUUGGGUGAGGGUGUUGAUGUUGAGCAAGUGAAGAAGGAGAUUCGUGAUGAAGAGUACAGACAAUUGAAUGAAUGGAUGGGGAAGCAAAGUGUUGAUACAGGAGACCGAUUGCUUUAUGAUGAUGACUUUGAUAUGGAUGAACAAACAAAGUAUAAGUUUUGGAAAGAGUAA